ACCACUCUAAAACCGUAUAGGUUAUGUGCAUGACUAUUAGUUAUUUUAACUGAAAACAAUAACAAUUUGAAAGAUAAUACGAUCAUUUACGGUCUUUAACUCAUAAAAAAAGUAUCUAGUUAAUUUAGUUUAUAUUAUUCUUUUAAUCACGAAAAUUAAUUUUUUUAUUAUUACAAAAUAGAAAUGAUCAUGUCAUCGGAACCAAAACCUGAUUCUGAUAAACAAAAAAAUACUCUAGACGUUGGUUUGUUGGAAGAAGAUGACGAAUUUGAAGAAUUUCCAGUUGAAGAAUGGACAAGUAAAGAUGAAGAAGAUAAAGAAGCUAAUGUUUGGGAGGAUAAUUGGGAUGAUGAUAAUGUAGAAGAUGACUUCAGUGUUCAACUACGGGCUGAAUUUGAAAAACAAAAUAUUCCUGCUGAUUUUUAAAAUGAGUUAUGAAUGCUUUCAAAAUGUUUGAAUUAAAACAAAAUAAUGUAAAAUAAAAAUAAUUAUAAAUUUAUUUAAGUACUAUAAUUAUAUGAUUUUAUUAUUAAAGUUUAUUUUAAAUCUA